AUGGAGCAUGCCAUCCACAUCACCAGCCUGGUGCGAAUAUAUGAGCCGAAGGGAGCAGGCACGCUGAUCCGACACCCACCUCUGGUGUGCAUCAUUCGGACGCCCAACGCGACAGUCACGCGCAAAGCCCACGUGCGACGAGUGUUUACCUAUUUUUCGCCGAAAUUCGAAAACGCCUUGAUCCUGUGCCCACCACCGAGCGAAGCGUUUCCCGAGGAUGACGACGUACGAGUGGCAGUCGCGACUCAAGGCGCGGUCGCGGGCUCUUUGCGGUGGCUCCGGUUACACCGUCCGCCGAAGAAAUCCAAAAAUAAGUGCUGCGCCGUAUGCGUCAGGCCUUUAUUCGGCGCGUUAAGCCUCUGGAAGAUUGUUGAAUUCAUAGCCAAUUACAGGGUAUUGGGAGCCAAAAGUUUCUACUUUUAUGACCUAAAUAUGACGUCAGACUUGAAGCUCCUUUUCGCCAUGAUGCAGUCCUGGGGAGUCGACUUGGCCUUAGUCUCCUUCAAGCUCAUCGUCGACACUACUGUCAUCAACAAGGACGUCCAUGCACACGGCCAAAUGCCGGCUUUGUACGAUUGCAUCUUCAGAUCGCUGUUCAAAAUGGAGUACUACAUUCACGUAGAUAUCGACGAGCUCAUGGUUCCGCUGAGGAAUAACAGCAUCCCGGCAAUAGUCCGCAAGAUGGAACGUAGGAGCAAGCGCUCUAUUGGAAGCCUAGUGGUACCAAUGAGAUUCCAUUGCUCCGAAUACCCCCUAAACCUGAGAUACGCUCUGCACGAGUACCUGCCCCUCCAGACGAGACUAUUCCCCUACCACUCUGCGCAUCUGCGUUAUAUUGGCCUGACGAAGUACAUCGCUCGGUCCAGGACAGUCUGCGAUCCGCGCGUCCAUCAUGUCGAGGGCCACUGCGCGCAAAAUACUAAGCACGUUUGUAUCGGUUUAAGUGCCGUCGUCAAGCACUACAAACAGUGCUGCAUUUACAAGCCCUCGAGCGACAACGACAAGGUCGCCUCCUUCUACAACGACACUCUCAUUUCUCCUGACCGUACGUUCGAGAAGCUUUCUACACAUAUUGAAGGUGAUCCGGUAGUAAGGGCCUUGAGGAGUCUCAUAGGUCAGGCUGAUGCCAUUUCGACUUAGAGAUCAGAAACCUUACCAACAACACACCAACAUCACCGCUAUAAUAGCAAUUGGUAGAGUCUUGUUUUGGCCUUGCCUACUCAGAUUUGUACACUUGCACCAGGUGACGAAGAUAAUUAGCCACAGUAAAGGAAAAUACGAUGACCUGUGUAAGUGAGCCCUCACCAGCGAUGA